UUAAGUGACCUUUUACAUGCUGCCUUUUCGGGUGACAAUGAACUGGUGAAGUCGCUCAUCCAUUCUGGAAUGGACAUCAACGCCAAUGACAGCCUAGGAGAGACACCUUUGCACUUUGCUGUCGCUGGAGGACAGAGAAAGGUGGUGGAGACUCUACUGAUGCUGAACGUCGACGUUAAUAUUGCUGAUGCCAGAGGUGUGACCCCUCUUCAUCUGGCAGCUUCCAUAGGUCAGAGUGACCUUGUAGAAGUCCUAAUCCGCGCCAAAGCAGACAUCAACGCCACGAACAUCAUGGGUUACACACCUUUACAUUAUGCUGCCCUUGAAGGGAUGGCCGAAGUGGCGGACUUGCUGCUGAAGCAUGGCGUCGGCGUCAAUAUUUCAAAACUUGACGGUAA